GGUCAGCCUAGACAGAUACAAAGAAUUCCUCUCAGAAUGCUUAAGUUUGUGUGCCUUUUUGCCCUUGUGGCCGUUGCUUGUGCUGCUCCCCGUAGCUACGGAUACGGAGAUGAUGAGAACCGUGAUGGUGUCCCAGAUUCUCGUGAUGCUAACCGUGAUGGCAAAGUAGACUACGGAUAUGGUUAUGGAUAUGCAAGAAACAGCUAUGGAUACGGAAGCUAUGGAUACCAGCCAUAUGGUUACGAAUACGUCCCAUAUGGAGAUGGCUACCCAUAUGCCAAUGUUGGACCCAACGGAGCUGUUGUCAAAUCCCCAUCUGGUCUGAUUGUUGGAGACAAUGGUGGUUACAUUGAUGCCCAGAGUGGAAAGGUUGUUGGACCCAAUGGAUAUGUUGCCCCACAAGGAUAUGGAUAUUAAAGCUCUUCAUAUGACAUUUACUUUAUGACAUCCAUCUUCACAUGACAUCAUUUAUCUCAAACCUGAUAUCAGAGAAGGAUGUCCGAGUUCUCAUUUACAGGGGACAAUAAAAAUUCACGUUUAUUGUAAAAUAAAUUAAUUGUUGAAAAAAUAUAUAAACAAAAAACAAACAAAAACAG